AUGGGAGGGCAAAGUUCCUUUUCAUCGCAUGUCAACUUCCACUUCUUCACUGGGAGGAUUCCCGAAGACAUUCGUGAAAUAUAUGCUAUAGAAAUCCAUGUGUUGUGGGACAGCCAUCUUUUGACGAUCCACCUCAUCCAGGAUCAUCAAGUGUGGAUUACAAUCUCUAAGCGAUAAUCUUGCCGCAUCGCAGCCUUCCAUAAACCGUAAUAUCCAAAUUUCUCGAAGGCUCUUAAUGUCGGAUGCCGUAAUCAGACCCUGUCCAGUGAUACGAGGACAUCCACGAAUGUCGAGUAGAUGAAGUUGUGAAUCCGUCUGAGCUAGACUGCUGAUGCCUUCAUCCGAUACAGCAGUGAACGCUACGAACAAUUCAACCAAACAUUUUAAUGAAGCUAUUGAUCGCAUCACUGUGUCAUUUAGAAAUUUGAUUUCCGACAAAUUUAGUACUCGCAAGUUGACUAGACAAUCUGAGAUCCUCAUAAGAUCCAUAUUUGAUAACCCGUUACAGUGUCGAACUUCUAGAUUAAUUAUAUCCUUUCUUCGUAAAAUAUAUUGAAAGCUUUUCGAAUUGCUUGAAAGAUUAUGCACAUAAUCAAGAUUCAGAUAACGUAAACGAGGCAAAGUUGAAGGAUGAGCUAGAUCGUCCAUAGCACAGUACCCGAUUAUAGACCCGCUCAAACAAAGCCGCUCGAUCGUUUUUGGGAUACAUUUGAAGGCAAUAUUGCUUAUAUUGGCAUUCUCAAUAGUGAGAGAUCGUAA